GAAACAGGUAGAUCUUUAAUUUCAAGGCCAUCCAGGGUUACAUAAGGUCCAGUGCCUUUCCAGGCACUGAACACAAAAGACACACAUAAAUAAAAAUAAAAUAUUUCUUUUUUUUUUUUAAGAAAAAAGCUUCAAAACUAAAAAAACUGAAGAGAACAUUCAGUUGGAAUAAGCCCGAGGGCCCCAGUUCAAUUCCCAACACACGCACAAAAGGAGGUGAAGAAGAGAGACAGUAAAAUGGCUUCGCCGAUGAAAGCACCUUCCGCCCAAACCUGACUCGGGUGACACUGCAAUACUAGCUCUCGUACAGUGAGGGAGGAGGCAGAGAGAGGAGACUCAUGCAAAAGCUCUCAAGUCAUCCAGCUGGAGGCACACAGCGUGGCAGGAACAGAGGAGAGCCCGACCAAGUCGGAUGUGAGGACUUCCAAAUGUCGUCCUCGGAACUCCACGCAUGCGCACUUUUUUCUUUUUAAGUUGAGAAUCAACUGCUAACAGGGCUGAAUGGCCCUCUACACACACGUGUGCACUCACACGCGCACGCGUACAAAAGCAAAAAGUCUUUGUUGAACGAGGUUGGGGCUCUCGGGGGUCUGCAGUAUUGCAGGGGGAGGCAGGCUGAACUUGGCCAACUUCUUCAGACUGCCCCUCUUGGCUGUCAUCCUGGCAGGCACCUGAGAGGAAGCUAACCUUUGACCUCCCUCCUCUAGGCCCAGCCUCUCUGGUUCUAGGAUGUCAGCAGGUACACCCUGGGUGGAGUUUCUAUCCAGGGCUGUAGACUCAGGAAGCUUCCUUGGUUCUGAAUGAAGAGCCAAGCUGGAAGGUACCCUGAGCCACCAGUCUGCAGAGCCACCCUGCCGUCCAUUCGAAGGUCAUUUCCCUGUUACCACAGCCAGAAGAGGUGCGUACAGCAGACCCAGAACUCUGGAAAAGUAAGACCCUGACUUUCCGUAUGGAAUGAACUCACCAGGCAGCGGCAGCCCUGAGGUGGGAGCUGGCUUGCUGCUCUCAGCAUAAAGGACUGCUGGAGACCCUGGAGAGAGGCCACCUUGAUCUCCCCCGAGACUGGAGAGUCUCGCCGGAAUCCUUACCUGCGAACUCUCAGCUAAGUUAAAUCCAGCAGCCAUGGCCAGCGCCCAGGUUCCUUUCUCCUUUCCUCUGGCCCACUUCCUCAUCUUUGUCUUCGUGACUUCCACCAUCAUCCACCUCCAGCAGCGAAUAGUGAAGCUCCAACCCCUGUCAGAGAAGGAAUUACCGAUGACGACUCAAAUGUCCUCGGGAAACACAGAAAGCCCAGAGAUGCGACGGGACAGCGAGCAGCAUGGGAAUGGAGAGCUGCGGGGCAUGUUCACGAUCAAUUCCAUUGGCCGGCUGGGGAACCAGAUGGGCGAAUACGCCACACUCUUUGCACUGGCCAGGAUGAACGGACGGCUUGCGUUCAUCCCCGCAUCCAUGCACAACGCUCUAGCGCCCAUCUUCAGGAUCAGCCUCCCGGUGUUACACAGCGACACGGCCAAAAAGAUCCCAUGGCAGAAUUACCAUCUCAACGACUGGAUGGAGGAGCGUUACCGCCACAUUCCGGGACACUUUGUGCGCUUCACGGGAUACCCGUGCUCCUGGACCUUCUACCACCACCUGCGCCCAGAGAUCCUGAAGGAGUUCACCCUGCAUGACCACGUGCGGGAGGAGGCCCAGGCCUUCCUGCGUGGUCUGCGGGUGAAUGGGAGCCAGCCGAGUACUUUUGUGGGUGUCCAUGUGCGCCGAGGGGACUAUGUGCAUGUCAUGCCUAAUGUGUGGAAGGGCGUGGUGGCUGACCGGGGUUACCUGGAAAAGGCCCUGGAUAUGUUCCGGGCACGCUAUUCAUCUCCAGUCUUCGUGGUUACAAGCAACGGUAUGGCCUGGUGCCGGGAGAACAUUAAUGCUUCCCGAGGAGACGUGGUGUUCGCGGGCAAUGGUAUUGAGGGGUCGCCAGCCAAGGACUUCGCGCUGCUCACCCAGUGCAACCACACCAUCAUGACUAUUGGGACCUUUGGGAUUUGGGCUGCCUACCUGGCAGGUGGUGAUACCAUCUACUUAGCCAACUACACCCUUCCGGAUUCUCCGUUCCUCAAAGUCUUUAAGCCAGAGGCAGCCUUCCUACCCGAAUGGGUGGGCAUCCCUGCCGAUCUGUCCCCACUCCUUAAGCACUAACACCAGCCUGUCCUCGGUCCCACUUCCACCUCAAGGCAAAAGGAGUCACUUGUUACGUCGCAGGAAGAGCCUUCUGAUGGGAAGAAGUGUGCCUUGGGCUGCCAACGAGAAGUACUAACAUGUUCAGAAAGCAUAUUUACAUGUUAGAUGCGGCCAGCUCAGCUCCAACAUUUGUUAACAGCUCAGACAUCAUCAGUGGCCCCUGUUCCUGAAGACUCCUAGCAGUGCCAUCACCGUUUUUCAGCACAGCUGACCCAUGGCGCCAGACGGGCUGCUACCCGCAGACAGCCACUUCCAGAGGCAGCAAGAAAAGGCACGCUAUGGUCUUUUCUUUAGGUUCCUUUUGAAGGGUGAGACAAACUUGAGUCUGCCUACUUUUUUUUUUUUUUCCACGGUGGGGCAGCAUGUGACAGGCAAGAGUCAGAUAGGGAGCCUGAGCAAGGAGAGGAGGCCAGCUUGUCUUUUUAUAGCAACUGCCUUCCCCCGACUGACUGGAGUCUGCUAAGAACCUUUGAAGGUGGUGACCUAGGAACUUCUCAUAGUCUCUUAAGAUUCUUUCUCUUUUUAAAUUAUGGGUGUAUGUGUGGACGUGUGGAGUACCUUCAGAGGCCAGAGCUGGGUGUCGGAUCCCUGGAAGUGGAGUCAUAGGCAGCUGGCACUGCGAGAGGCAGGUCUCACCAGCAGCACACAGAGGACCAAAGGCAAGUCCAGUGAAAGCCACCCCUCUACAAGCAUCCAGCUAGCUCCUCUGUCCCCUUGACAAGAGUUGUGUCACUGUGUGCCUACAUGGCUCGUUAUGAGUCAAGGGGAGGAAGAAUGCUGGGAUUGGUUUACCCUGGGAUCCAAAGUAGGAGUUAUUCACUGCACAAAGGCACUUGAUCAAAAGGGAUGUGGGAGCUACCAUGAGCCCACAGUCCCCUCACCCAGUUGCUUGCCCUUGGGACUGGGUCCGCCAAGGACUCCUUCUUUACCUACUCUGUCCAUCUGAGAAGACCUGUGUGGGCGGAAUUCAGAUGCACCGGUUGCAUGUCUGCCUCUGCAGCCCUGGUAGGACACCUCCAAUCCUAGGGAACCCCUCCAGAUGUUUCAGAGUUAUCUUACCAUCUUGUUACACUUCAAGUGUGAGCACACACGAUGCAUCCCUCUCACAAUUAAAAAAUACAACCUAUGCAGCUACCAUUAUGAAAACAGCCAGGGUGAUCUGGGGGGAAGAGGCCUCGGAAAGGUGUUCUUUUUGGACAGCAGAAACCCAAGGUGUCUCUCCAGAACCCCUGCUAAGUUGGUAGUGCUGAUCCUGUGCAUAAGAAGUAGCCUGGAGUGGCCAUGGUAGCACCUGACUUUCACCUUUGUACUGUGAAGGCUAAGGCAGGAGGCCCUACAUCCUCAGGCCCUCUCUCAACAAAGAAAAUUCUCAAACUGGGUAUAGCAAUGCACACCUGUGAUCCUAGCAUCAGGAUCAGGAGUUGGAAGUCAUCCCCAGCCACACAGGGAAUGCAGAUCAGUCUGAGCUGCAUGAGACCCCCAUCUCAGAAGUAGAAAGAAAAUUGCAAAAAUCUAGGCUCAACAGUGGUGGCAUACACUUAAGGAGACAGAGGCCAAUAGAUCUCUGAGUUUGAGGCUAGCCUGGGCUACACAGAAAUCUUAUUUUUAAAAAAUAUAUAUUUUUUCAAAAAUCCAAAACAAAUAAAAAUGUGCCUUUCCAUCACAA